AUAUUGGAUGAUGGCGGAGAUGCUACUCACUUGAUGUCUAAGAAGCACCCUGCCCUCUUUAAGAUGAUAAAGGGCAUUGUCGAGGAGAGUGUUACUGGUGUUCACAGGCUCUACCAGCUCUCUAAAGCUGGAAAGCUAUCGGUUCCAGCCAUGAACGUCAAUGAUUCUGUAACAAAGACUAAAUUUGAUAAUCUCUACAGUUGUCGGGAAAGUGUUCUGGAUGCGCUAAAAAGGUCAACAGAUGUAAUGUUUGGUGGAAAACUGGUUCUUGUAUGUGGCUAUGGAGAAGUGGGUAAAGGCUGUUGUUCUGCCUUGAAAGGCAUGGGAUCUGUGGUUUACUUGACCGAAAUCGACCCUAUCUGUGCCCUGCAAGCAUGGUAAGCUAUAUGUAACAGA